CAACUAAGUUGCUCCCAUCCCACUGCCAAAAACCGCAAGCUGUGACUGUGAUAUCAAAAGGAGGAGGCUUCUAUUUAUGAUCUGUGGAAGUCAUUUGCUUUGGUAGCACCAUUGCAGACCACUGCUGGUUAAUUAAUUACAAGACAAACCAACCAACCAAACAAAGCAAAAUUGAUUGGCAACAGUUUGGAAAAGGGCGCUUUAUGACGAACGAGCUCAAGCUCCACCCGCAACAAUAUUUGUCAUAUAUACUAACAAAGCCAUGGUAAACAACUUUUUGUUUACAUUCAGCAGAGCUACACACUCAUCAUGACCAUCUCCCAUGAUGAACACCAUUGGACAUGAAGAAGCAGAGCUGCCCCAGGGGCUAGGGCCGAGCCCAACAGCCAGGUGCCACGAGAUUAUCUGGGCGUUCGCCGGCCCUUAUAUGAAUGGGCAGAAGGUACCGGACCCGAUGUUCGUCUGCCAUUGAUUGGGGGCGCGGGGAUCUCUGAUGGAGGCUUUGGUAAUUUCCAUCGCCAUGAGCACCCGCGGCAUCCAAUAGCUUCAGUCGUCGGGGAAAUCAUGGCAUAAUAAUAAUAAUAAUAUGGGAAAGGUGGAAUGGUUGGGCGGGGCUGCCGGCAUCUUCGUGAAGAUGGCCCAACGACAUGUCCUACUGGCGGAUAUGCCCGUCUUUUCUGGAGCAGUUGGCCUUGCUCCUCUCUCUUUUUUUUCCACACUCCCGCUUCUCAAUUCAACCCCCCUUCCCACGAUCUUUAGCUCCCAUCUCUGAUGUCUUCCUCUGCAACUAACCCGAACGUUGCUGAUCCUUCUCUUGUCAAACGACAGGCUCCGCCCGGAGUUUCUUCAAAGCGGCAGCAGUGAUGGCCUUAUCUUGUAACUCUUGAUCUGCUUCACAAGCGGACACAGGGUUCCUCGAAGAAUCACAGCUCUUCCCUCUCUGUAAAUCUUGAUCCUUUUCCAUGUCUAACAAGAGAACGAACAGUUUGCCUCAUAAUGGCGACGAAUUUUACAGGCACACAUUGCUCUGUCAUCUCACUGGACUGAAGCCUUCUGCAUGCAUAAGCCGCCUGUCCACCAUGCUGACGACUCUCAACCAUAAAGUUAGGCGUCUCUGCUCCAGAUUCCGGUGCCUACGCCGGAAAAAGACCAAGACCAAGAUAGUCAUCAAAAGGCUCAACAGGGACGAUGUUGUCGCAGAAAAAUUAUCGGCAGAACUGGAGGCAGUAAGAGUAAACGAGCAAUUACAGGUACCGGACGCCGCCAGGAUCAUCCGGGUUGCCACGUUUAACGUUGCUUUGUUCUCGAUGGCGCCUGCUGCCCCCAAGGAACAUAACCAUGGGAAAGAGAUCGCCCGUGGAGGGGGAGGGGGUAGUUGGAGGCAGUCCGUUGAAUCUGGUGUCAGUGGCAUGUACGCAGGUGAUCGACCAAAAGGCAUUCUCAAGCAAAAUUUGCCCGUCAACUCUGUCAAGAACUCCGCUGAGCAUAGGGCAAAGCAGCAGAAAGUUGGGAGAACAAAACUAAGGGUCUCAAUUAAUCUUCCUGACAAUGAAAUCUCGAUGGAGAAGAGCAGACAGCUUAACAGUCCUGGAAGACAUGACGAAUUAAUUACGCGUGCAAUUAGUAUGGAUCAUAAUAGACACAGAGAUGGAAAGGCUCCCCUACUAUCAAGUUACAGCUUUCCUUCUCAUAGAACGAGCAGUAACAGAGAGAACUUCAAAACAGAUAGAACAAUUAUGGAAAUCCUGAAAGAGGUCGACGCCGAUCUUUUGGCUCUGCAAGACGUGAAAGCACAGGAAGAGAAAGGCAUGAAACCUCUUUCUGAGUUAGCAGAAGCUUUGGGGAUGAAAUAUGUGUUUGCAGAAAGCUGGGCGCCUGACUAUGGGAAUGCCGUUCUCUCGAAAUGGCCCAUAAAGAGAUGGCACGUUCAAAAGAUCUUCGAUGAUACCGAUAUCAGAAAUGUGUUGAAAGUUGUAGUCGACAUACCCUCAACAGGGGAAAUCAAUUUCCACUGCACACAUCUUGACCAUUUGGACGAGAAUUGGAGGAUGAAGCAGGUAAAGGCUACAGUAGAAGCUGAUGAUUCGCCACACCUAUUAGCAGGGUGCCUCAACUCCCUUGACGAAACAGACUAUUCUGAAGAACGUUGGACAGACAUGGUUAAGUAUUAUGAGGAAAUCGGGAAACCAACUCCAAAGGCAGAGGUGAUGAAAUUUCUAAAAGCAAGGAAGUACAUUGAUGCAAAGAAUUUCGCAGGAGAGUGUGAAUCUGUCGUUGUCCUUGCAAAGGGACAAGAUGUGCAAGGAACAUGCAAAUAUGGGACACGAGUUGACUACAUCCUAGCGUCUCCAAAUUCUCCCUACAAAUUCGUCCCCCGAUCAUACACCGUCGUCUCCUCCAAAGGGACCUCAGACCACCACCUGGUGAAAGUCGACAUUCAGAUAGCCGACGCCCCAGAAGGAGCCAGUAGACGCCACAGCAGCAGGCCGAGGAUGGUAAAGAUGAGGACUCAUUCGUCUAGAGGCAUAUGGAGAACGGAGUCAUGAGGACUUCAUUCUUCUCACUCGUCUAACAAAUUGCGUUUGCUUAUUUAUUUUCUUGCAAGAAUGGUCUCAUUUGUCCGAUUCUUUUCUCUGUGUUUUUUAGUUUUUUGAGUAUUGGGUUUCUUGGUUGUAUAGAUUGUGGCAAUGUAUGUUCGUGCUCUAAGAUGGGGACCAUGGAUCAAAUGCAAGGAUGACUGUCAUGCAUAGAGAGUAUGUUGGGAUAGACAGAUUGUAAAGAUUGAGCAAUAAAAGUGUAUUAGAUUGUGAGUGAAUGGAAAACAGGAAGUGUUUAUCUAAAAGCUUAAUCGUUUGACA